GUGGUGCAAAAAAAAAAGUGCUUAUCAUUCUCCUCUCGUUUAAUGGGCGGAGCGCGGCGGGAUACAUCGGGACCGGUAAAUCACUUGCGAACAGCCAGUCAGUAUCCCGCAGUCUGGACGGAUCUUCUUUUCGACGAUCGCAGCACGAACGGUUCCACUCAGUUCUAGCGAGAUGGCCAACCCGGAAGGAGCGCAACAACAGCUACCCAGCUACCUCACGGAAUCGCUGAUCCAACGCUCGCUCGAGCACGAUCUGCAGCGCCCGGUGACGAUCGACCGUUUCACGGCAGGACCUGCGACAGCGGCCGGCGAUAACUACCUGAGUGAUGUGUUCUGGAUCCGCGUGGAGUACGAUGGUGGCAGGGGCGAGAAGCGACUGCUAGCGAAAUGCAUGCCGGAUGUUGGUGAUCGUGGCGCUACCCUGGACGUGCUGGAUGCAUUCCGCAAGGAGUCGGAAACGUUUCAGCACUUGCUACCCGCGUUUAGCCGACUCGUUUCUCCCGAGGGGAAGGAACAGUUUGGGGCCAAAUGUUACUACGCCACCACCGAACCGGUGCGUACGAUCGUGUUCGAGGAUCUGAAGGCGCUGGGCUUUCGCAUGUGCGAUCGAACGCAGGGUGGGCUGGAUUUCGAGCACAUGGCGCUGGUGAUGCGCAAGAUAGCCAAGUUUCAUGCUGCGUCCAUGCUGUACGCCAGCCAGAGCCCGGAACACGAACGACGACUGGCCUCUCGGUACGCGUACGGGCUGUACAAUCCAAUGGAAAAGCCGGAAGAUUGUCGCAUUCUGCAAGCACUGGAGAAAGGUUUGGACAAGUUCAUUUCCGUUGCGAGCGGUUGGCCGGAGCUUGAUGCGGCCGUGGUGAGGCAGCUAGAAGGUAUCAGGCCCACCUUCAAAGAGCGCAUUGCCAAAUGUGUCAAUCCUCAGCAACCGGACGCUCGUUACAAGGCGCUUAAUCAUGGCGAUUUGUGGAGCAACAACAUGAUGUUCCGGUACGAGCAUGGGGACAGUGUCGUGCGGGAGAUUAUGUUCGUCGAUUACCAGAUCUCGAACUACGGCAGUCCGGGACUGGACCUUGUCUACACGCUCUACAACUGUCCGCGGCGGGAUGUUCGUAUCGAUCGGCGGGAGGAACUGCUGACAGAGUACCACCGGGUGCUGCGUGAAACGUUGCAACGGAAUCGGUACGAACCGGUGCCGACGCUGGACGAUGUUAAGGAGGAAUUCACCAGGAAUGAGUUUUUUGGACUCGUUUGUGCUAUUACGUUCCUGCCGAUCAUGACGAUGGAACGCUCCCACGAUCUGGACCUUAGCUUCGAUGCAUUCUUCAAGGAGGAGCACGGAGAGCGCGUCCGAGAUUUUCAGUACAAUGGAACUGUAUUUCGUGAGGCUGUGGUGCCGAUACUACACAAUCUACUCGCUCGUGGCUAUAUUCAGUAGUUCCCGCUCGACUAACAUGCGGACCGUUUACAUCUUUCUACUUUUACGCCUGAUUUUCUAGCGAGUUCUGUACAAGUACAAAAUAAAGAAGUGACCAAGAGCA